GUAGUGGUUGGCUGGUGUCGAAACAAGCAGACCGUUGUCGAAGGUGAAUGAAGAACGUGAUGGCAGACUAUAAAGGGGUCCAGCAGGCUCGAAAAGAGGAUUUCUCCAGAAGGAAGCUCGAAGAACUCCCCACGGAGCUCUUCCGCCGAGCCGAACAGGUGGAGAGCCUGGACCUCCAGGUGAAUCAGCUGAAGCAGGUCUCCCUAAUCUCCAUGCUGGUUAACCUGAAGGAGUUGUUCCUGUCCUGGAACAAGCUCUCCGAGUUCCCGCCCGCGAUCCAAGAGCUCGGCGACCUGGAGGUGCUGUACCUGAACCAGAACGACAUCGAACGGAUACCCAACGGGGUCUUCGCCAGGCUGGGUAAACUGCGGCAACUCAACCUAAGCAGCAACCGCCUGGGCGAGCUCCCCUGCGACCUGAAGCAGUGUGGGCGCCUGGAGUUCCUCAACCUCUCCAGGAACCGGCUGCAGGACCUGCAGGCAGCCGUGGGUCUCCCACGGCUGAGGGAGCUCUACGUGGACCACAACCGUUUGGUGGAGCUUCCUGCCGAGCUCUUCCUGGACACAGGCCUGACCAGCUUCCAGGCGGCGGGAAACCGUCUGCAGAAGCCUCCCGAGGAGGUCUGCGCCGGCGGCCUGAAGGAGGUUCGGAGCUAUUUCGGCCAAAUGGGGGUUGGCGCGAAGGUGGAACACACCCGAAAGGUCAAGGUCAUGUUCCUGGGCUCCUCCAUGGCGGGGAAGUCCACCCUCUGCCGCAGCCUGAGGGUGGGAUAUGCCGAGAAGGUGGCCGUGUCCGACCGCACCGUGGGCAUCGACAUCUGCGAGGUGGUGAGGGAGGGCGUCCAGAUGCUCUUCUGGGACUUCGCUGGGCAGGAGGAGUACUACCUCACCCACCAUGUCUUCAUCACUCCGCAUUCCUUCGUCAUCCUCGCCGUCAACCUGGCCAGUUACAGCAUCUCAGAGCCCCAGUCGUUCAAAGAUAACGUGAGCUUCUGGAUCAAUAACGUGUUGAUGAGGGUUCCCGACUCCGUCGUGCUCCCGGUGGGCACGCAUGCGGACCAGUGCACCGACGCCGAAUUUGCGGACAAGAAAGAGGACAUACGAAGGAAAACCGAAGCCAUGCUGGAGGACAGGAGGUCUAAACUAGAGCAACGGAUAUCAAACAUCAAGGAAAAAGACGACCCCACCCUUUUCUCCGAACAGCUGAAAAGGCUCUAUCAGCUGACGACUUACAACUUGAAGGUGCUUGACAUUAUGUCCAUGGACUGCACCAAGUCUGCAGAGAUCGAGAAGCUGCAGGAGCAAGUCCUGAAACACGUUCAGGACAGGGACCUGUUUCCCAACUUAGAGAAAACGCUCCCACGGAGCUACCAGGUCGUGGAGUCAUCCAUACGAGACCUCAUCAAGAAGAAGAACAUUCCAGAGCACGGAAUAAUGGCUAUCGACGAACUUCAGCAAUGCAGCAUUGUCGGGGAACUAGACACGGAGGACUGGCACUGUAUAUUGCGGUACCUCCACAGAAUCGGCAUCAUCGUGUGGUACGAGGAAAUUGAGGCUCUGAGGGUCAAGGUCUUCACCAAACCAUCAUUCCUCAUCACACUGUUCAAGACGGUGGUCAGGCACGACCUGGCCAGGUGUUUGGAAGACCUUCCUCGCAACAUCCUCCAGAAGGUGAACAGCCUGGGGAGGCACAAGGGCACCUGGGUGAGUGACCUGAAGAGCAAGGCCACCCUCCCCAAUGCGGCCAUCGCCGCCCUGGUUCACCGAACCCUCAUGCAGCAGGACGUGGCCAAACAGAAGAGGCUUGUGAGCGCGUUGGCUGGCUCCAGAAACAAAGAAGGGGAGCUGGUGUGCUUGCUCAGGCAUUUUGACGUCUGCCUGCCCACAAAACUCUCCAAUCCCCUGAACCCCAAUGCCCAGGAGUUUGCCCAGGGUGAGACCUGGAGCACCAGCCGCUCCUCUGCGCCUACUCUCCUAAACCAGGGCAGCGCCUUCUUGUUCCCCGGUUACCUGAAGGACACCGAGAUGGUGAGGAAGAUGUGGGGAGAAGAUACAAUGGAGGACAUCAGAAUUAAUGUCUAUUUCCUGCCUGAAAUUCCCUACGGUGUCUUCCACAGACUCAUCAUUCGGGCCUGCUCCCUGUACUCCAGCUACUGGGUGGGCAGUGACUGCUGUCUGCUCGGCUACAACACCACCCUGGUGCUGCUGAGACGCGAAUCUGAGGGCGAGGACCAGUACAUCCAAAUACGCUGCAAGAGACCUGACAAGAGUGACGAUUUCAGGCGCUCGUGGGACCUGAUCCUGACGAUAAUGCGGAAGCUGUCCAGGCUCGCCGAGCAAUGGCCAGGCCUGUACCAGAUCGUCAGCAGUCCGUGCCGAGAGCCGGACUGCCUUCACGAUUUCGAGUGGAGCGACUUCGGGAAACUGGACGGACGCGACAUCUACGACGCUGUGCAGGAAGAAAAACUACUCUGCAAUAAUGGACACAGAUGCCGAACUGAAUUACUUUUCCCAAAAGUCCCGAGUGGUCCAAAGGCAGCCAGUGAGCAGCCCAUCACCCAUCACAACAUCACGACUGGUCACACGACUGUCAUUGUCAAUCAGUUCCCUCUCCCUGAAAGCCACUGAAGUCGGAGAAGUCGGUUGGAAAACAUGAGCGAAGUAGUUUACCCCCCUGAAGAUGUUGUAUUGGGCCAACCUACAACCUACCUUCGCUGAUAUGUACAUUUGCUUAAAUUGUAAAUAUGAAUUUACACGGAUAUAGUUUUAGUGGGUUGGUGAAACUACUCAAACAGAAUCGGACUUUAUGGAACAAAAAUUGGCAGAGCAAUGACAUGCCAUCACGUGACCCACGGAUUUCAACCAAUAGCUGUUCUGCUGUGGAUAACAAAAUCGUUUGAUUGGCCCAAGCAAGUCAAUAGCUGACGGUUCAUUUUGGCUUCACUGAUAAUGGGGUGACGGUGACCUCACUGUCCGAUCUCUAGAAAUCUUACAUUUUUUUCAUAUUUAAUCUGAUGAAUUUCAAGCAUUUUAUUUUGUAGCAUUCCUGUAUCAUUCUCAUUAAACCAAA